CUGUUAAAAAAAAAAAAACCGCAAGAUGGAAGUUUUGAAUAAUUGAUCAUGCAGUACAUAAAGAAACUUCACCGAGAAAGAUACUGUUUGAAAGAGUUUGCUAAUUAGUGCAGUUUCUUUUAUACACGAUGCCUCCGAAGCUGACGGGAGAGCAAUCUAGGGCUUGGGCUCUCUGUCUGUUCGUUAUGUUGCUCUGGUCAUCUGUGCUGGGAGUGGACGAUUCUGCAUAUCUGCCAGUACUAAAGACGAAGAUCGUAGGACCAAUAGACCCCACUCCUACUCCGUUACCAGCGACCGAGCAAGCCAUGUGGGGCCUGCGAAUGUGGCAAGUCCUAGGCUUACUUUUGACAGGCACCGUUGUCAUGGUUGUCAUUUGCUGUUGCCUUUGUGAUUGUCGUGUCCCGAAAAAGAAAAAAUUCGACCAGCAACCGCAGCUUGGAUACGAAGAUGAUAGCGACGAAUCGGCGAGUCCUCGGAAACAGUCGAUAAUCAGUCGAGAUUCUUCAUUCAGUAACGCAGGUCAUGACAGGAAGCACAAUAAAGAAUUUUCAGUUUCUGAUGCUAGCAACCAUUGACUGAUUUCGAAAAAAACAUUAUUCGCAUAGAAGAAAACAACAUUGAACUAACUUUUGUAUGAAAGAUCCGUCACAAAUGUCAGGGUGGUAAAGAGGGAAGGAUCACGUUUCACGAACCCGAAAAAUGUAUACGACAAUACAUAUCUAUCUAUUUUGGAAAGGUCACAUGAUUCUCUAUUCAACACACAACAAAACUAAAUCUCGAUUCACGGAGACUUGAAACUUCUAAAUCACGUUUCACGGGAGAGUUAAAUCACGUUUCACGGACGUCAAAAUGGACGAUUUCACGUUUCUCGACAGUCAAAAAUGGCCAAAUCUCGUUUCACGAAUAAAACCUUUACCGCCCUGAAAUUUAUGAAUUCACACAAUGGUGGCUUUCACUCGCCUUACCAAAGCCACUAGUGUAGAGAAUAACUUAUCCAACAUCGCCCGAAUCUCGAAGCCGGUAUCACAGUGAUAAGGAUGAAAAGAAACUGCGUUUUUAAAGCUUCCAAUCCAUAUGCGAAUUUGUGUGGGUUUGGAUCAGAAUGAUUUUAAAGACUCGUCACAAAAUGCAAGCGUUAGCACUAAGAAUUGCACACUUACAAUAAUGGCGGCUCUCUUGUUCACUAAACCAUGUAGCGACUAAAUUAAUCAAACUUCGCGCGCAUUUUUAAAAACUUGUCAAGAUAAUUCGCAUUAUUAAAAAAACUACGUUUGCUGAGCUUUCAAUCCA